GUUUUUUCAAUGUUCUCUGUUUCUCACUCUAUCCAUUCUAUUCUCCUCUUAUUAUAUUAAAUCUAAAUAACAAUGCUUGAAGGUAAAUUCGAAGAAGCCUCUCUCUUAAAAAAAGUCGUAGAGUCCAUAAAGGAUUCGGUUCAAUUGUGUAACUUUGUUUGUUCAGAACAUGGAAUCACUGUCCAGGCUGUCGACGACUCUCGUGUUUUGUUGGUUUCUUUGUUGAUUGGUAACGAGGUCUUUUCAGACUACAGAUGCGACAGAAACAUCACUUUGGGUGUUGAUUUGAAAUCCUUUGCUAAGAUCAUUCGUUGUGGUGGUAACGACGAUUAUCUAACUUUAAUAGCUGAAGAUUCUCCCGAUAGUGUUACAUUAGUAUUCGAAGAUAAAAACAGUGAUCGAAUUUCAGAAUACUCAUUAAAAUUGAUGGAAAUUGAUAAUGAAUUUUUGAAAAUUGACGAUAUGGACUAUGAUUCAGUCAUCAAAAUGCCUUCAAUUGAUUUUCAAAAAAUUUGCAGAGAUUUAAGUACUUUAUCAGAAUCCCUACAAAUCUUAAUAACAAAAGACAGUAUUAAAUUUAUGGCUGAAGGUGAAACAGGUAAUGGCAGUGUUAUCUUAAAACCUCGUACUGAUAUAGACAAACCUGAACAAAGUAUCACUGUCAAAUUAAAUAAUGCUGUCAAUUCAACUUUUGGUUUAAAAUAUAUAGCUGAUAUUGUCAAAGGUACUUCAUUGUCAAAUCAAAUUGUUAUCAAAAUAUCAAACAGGACUCCUGCUUUAUUUGAAUAUAAAUUGCAAAGUGGUUACUUGCGUUUCUAUUUGGCUCCCAAAUUUGAGGACGAAUAAAUUAAAUAAUCAUUAAAUAAUCAUUAAAUAAUCAUAGUCAUUAUAUAGUUUUAAUAUAUCUAAAAAAUUGAAAAAUUGAAAAUUGAAAAUGUGUCAAACUGAAAAACUGAAAAACUGAAAAACCG